GAUACGCAUCCGAUGUUUGCUAAACAGAUAGAUGGCUGCCCAGAGAAGUUAUUUGCGUCUAAUAUCCGGCCAAAGCCAACAAAGAGAUCAUGGCGGCGGUGUUGCAGAGGCUCACAAAAUGAGUCAGUCUCUGCAAGGCUCGCUGGCAUGCAACACAGCUGAGACAUAGAUUUUAAAUGAUAAUGGAGGCUGGUGCAGACACACAGCAAAGUGGUGAAACAGCAGUCUCAGAGUCUGAGGCCCAGCAGAUCACUCUGACCCAGGCAUCCAUAGCAGCAAGCCAGAUGUCAUCCAGCAGUCCCACGGUCACCUUAGUGCAGCUACCCAAUGGUCAGACAGUCCAAGUGCAUGGGGUGAUCCAGGCUGCUCAGCCCUCUGUCAUCCAGUCUCCACAAGUCCAGACAGUCCAGAUUUCAGCUGUUGCUGAGAGCGAGGACUCUCAGGAGUCCGUUGACAGUGUGACAGAUUCUCAGAAGAGGAGGGAGAUCCUAUCCAGGCGACCUUCUUACAGGAAAAUUCUAAACGACUUAUCGUCAGAUGCUCCAGCAGUGCCUCGAAUUGAGGAAGAGAAGUCAGAAGAUGACUCUACCCCUGCCAUCACCACAGUCACCAUGCCCACUCCUAUCUAUCAGACUAGCAGUGGCCAGUACAUUGCCAUUACCCAAGGUGGAGCCAUCCAACUUGCCAAUAACGGUACAGAUGGAGUGCAGGGCCUGCAGACACUGACCAUGGCCAACGCUGCUGCAGCCCAGCCUGGUGCCACCAUCUUGCAGUAUGCACAGACCAGCGAUGGGCAGCAGAUCUUAGUGCCCAGCAACCAAGUGGUUGUACAAGCUGCCUCUGGUGACGUCCAGGCCUAUCAGAUCCGCACAGCACCCACCAACACCAUCACUCCUGGGGUGGUCAUGACCACUUCCCCUGCACUGGGCACCACAGGAGCCACUGAGGAGGUUACACGUAAAAGGGAGGUCCGACUUAUGAAAAACAGAGAAGCAGCCCGUGAAUGUCGCAGGAAGAAGAAGGAGUAUGUCAAGUGUCUGGAGAACCGUGUGGCUGUGCUGGAAAACCAGAACAAAACCCUCAUUGAGGAACUCAAAGCCCUCAAAGACUUAUACUGCCAUAAAUCUGAGUAGAAACAUCACCAAAUGUCUUCCAGGGGCUCAACAAGUGCCCGACUGCCCCCCUGUACAGAGACUUGGCACAGAGCUAUGCAUCUGAAUGCCAUACCUUUUUUACUCUUCAGCUUCCUUUUUAAAAACUGUUGAAAAUCUGUAAAUGACUCACCAGGAAUAGAAAAAAAAACACUCCACCUCCCCCAUCAUCAAUUUGAAAUCCCAAUUCUGUUUCCAUUUAAAGUGUGAGGCAAUGUGAAGAAGGAUGUGGAGGAGACUACAAUUAUAAAGGGUCCUUGUGGUGAAGUGAUAGAACGGACAGUGAGGCUGAUAUUGUUUUGCACCACCAAAGGGAAGCAUUCCAGUCACUGGUGCCUGGACAGAUUGGGCAACAUCACCAGCAACAGGUAAUUACAUCACCUGGAAUAAUGGAAUGCUUUACAGUUGAAUCUUCCUGAGACGUGUGGAUCAUUUGGAGAGGAUAUCUUCUUGUGCAACAUUCGUAAUUGUAACUGAGCACUUGCAUUAACAUCUGUUACUCACUAAUGCUUUGAACUAGAUGGGCUAUGUCAUGGACAUUUUAUCUUUGAGCUGUGUUUUGAUUUAUGAAUUAGAUUAUCUGUUUGCAUAAUGCCAUGGACUUUUUUUUUGUAAAACUUAAAUAUACUUUGCCUUGAUACAUGAACAAAAAGCUAACCAUUGAGUUGUAAAACGGUUGGUAUGGUAGUUGCAACUUUAAAGAGGGUGAAGAGAUUGUAGAACUCAUCAGCAACUUUGGUAUCAAUGAGAGUCCAAAUCUUAGGACAACAAGGAAAGAAAACUGUCUCCAGGGGAAUAUUUGUUGGUACCAGUGUUGACAAAUGUUUAGGGUCUAUGAUGCAUGUUCCCAGUCAUAUUACUAAGGCUCGCUGAUUAUGAUUUUUACACAUCUUCAAAGUUAUAAAGGGAUUAGCUUGAACAGAUUUACACUGGGUUUGUUUCCUUGUCCAAGAAGACAUUGGUCAUCAUAGUUCAAAAUAAAAAAAGAUACUCUUGUGGAUUUUAUAGCAAUAGGAAAAAAAUGGGGGAUAAAAUGGAAAUGAGGUGCU